CCAAAACACGUGGACCUCUCUGUACUGUAGAGGUGCUAAUGAAACUGUGAAGAAAUGGUGCUUGCUAAUGCUAGCUGUAAAGAGGACUGGAGCUGUCUUAUAGAAUGAGUGACAAAGCUGCUGAGGACAGGUUGAAUGCACUCUGCUCUGGUGUGGAUCUGCUGAGUCAGCUUGUUGCCAAUGGAGAGGAGAAUGAUCCAAAACUCAGGGGACAGUUACUUCAGUUAACUUCUGCAAUUGCUAAGUUUGAACACAGUGUACGCGAGUCAAAAGUAUCCUGUGAGCACCAUGGUAACAAGGAGGCCAGCGCAAAACUGUUCAAAUCAGUCUUACCCACUCCCAAGGGGAAGCUGGUACUCAUCAUUGAGAGACUGAUUCGAGCCUCCAGAAACCAGCGAUCCAUUGAGCGCUCAACAAGUGUAGACAGCACUGUCUGUAGCAGGAAGACUGAUGCUGUGGACGAAGUCUGUUACCAUAAAACUGUUGAAACUGGAUGGGCUGACAAGAAAAGUAAAUCCAUAGAGCAAUUGGGCUCCAGAGAGGAAUCUCUGACUGACUGUGCAGAGACAUACCCUCCACAGUCCUCAUCAUCAUCACAACCUAAUCAAGUAGUACAACCUUUACAAGCUGCAUCAGUCUCAAUGCCAUCAUUGCAAACUUCACUGGCUGCAUCAGCCUCACAAACUUCAGUGCCAUCACAUUGCUCAACUGUAUCACAGCAUUCACUUCUACCAUCACAAGCAUCAAUAACAACCUCAACAUGUACAAUAAAAAUAACCUCUCUACUGGAAUCCAGUGCUCCAUCGACGUUCUCAUCUAAAGCUGUGUCUUCUACAGAACCUUCAACCUCGAGGGCUGUCCCCCCACCACCUCCACCCCCUGCACUGCCCUCACUGGAGGCCACGGUGACCCACUAUCGCCCCAGUGUCCCCCUAAAGCCCCUGUUCUGGAGGAGGGUCCAGUUCUCGUCAGCACAACUCAGGACAGUGGACAACGUGUGGAAGCAUAUCUCCGAGCCCGCUCUCGGUGAUGUUGAGAAGUUUGUUAAGUCCUUCUCCAGAAAAGACACCACUCCACACACUCUCAGGUUAUCACUCGACAAGCCACGCCGCAAUUCAGCAAUCCGACCAAUCACCAUACUCGAUGGAAAACGCUCUCAGGCUAUCGGUAUUAUGCUUGGUAGUCUGCCGUGUGGGACAAGUGAGCUUGGUGAGGCUGUGAGGAGUGGAGGUGUGACUCUGGUAGAUCGAGAGACGCUACAAGCUAUACACGAUCUGCAAGCUACUGUUGAAGAGUUGAGCGCAAUAAGAACCCACCUUAAAUCACCACACCCGCUUCCCCUGGAUGCACCAGAAAUGUUUAUGUAUGCUCUGAGUGAGGUGCCACAGUUCAGCGAACGUUUGCUGUGUGUAUUAUACUCUCAGACACUACCUGAAACCAGUGCUGCCAUUUUGGACAAACUGAGCAUGCUCAGUAGAGUAUGCCAGCAGCUCAACCACUCAAAAGAGGUGAACACAAUUCUUGGCCUGGUCUUGGCACUGGGUAAUCUGAUGAACACUGGAAACAAGGUCAGAGGUCAGGCUGAUGGGUUUCACCUUGAGAUCCUCCCUAAGCUGAGGGAUGUCAAGACUGCUGACAACUCCAGUAACCUGCUCAAGUUCCUCGUGUCCUGUUACCGUCAGGAGAGGGAGAAAUCGGCCUUUGCGCCAGAAUUUCCUCUGCCGGACCCUGCUGACCUUAUGACCUCUGCACAGCUGGACUUUGACCUGAUGCGUAGCUGCGUGUCCGAGUAUAUCAGCAAGGUGGAUAGUUUCAGGGCUGCCUUGAGAGAGGUACUAGUGUCCUCCCCCAGUGAUGGUUUGGAGCCAUUCAAGUCAAGGAUGGAGGGUCAUAUGAAGCAAGUUGAGGGUAAAGGCGGGGAGCUCUCCUCUCUGGUCAACACCUGUGAACAGCAGUUUCAUUCUCUAGUGGAUUACUUCUGUGUGGCUCCACCCUCGGGUCAGAGCUCAGUAAACCCUGGCUAUUUUUUCGGCCUCUGGAGCUCAUUUGUGGUGCAGUUCAAUGAGUACUGGAAGCAGGAGAAGAAAAACCUGGCCAGAGAGAGAGUGCGUGCAGAAGAGUUGAAGAGAAGGAAUGGGACAUUAGUCCGACCAGUGGCCUCCUCUGGCCUGAAAUCAAGACUCAAGACCAAACGUUGUUACAGCUCUGGACAAUAACUGACUUAAAACAUUUGCAUUAAUAAAAUUAAUUAUUAUUAUUAUAGCACAUGAUCACUUUGACAUUUUUAUUGUCCAAAAUCAAUAUAUUGUUUAUUC